UAAGGAGUAAGCAUAAAAUCACAUUGGAGAGUUUUGAAAAAAAUAGAUGAAAGGAUAUGAAAUCCUGGUGGCAUCUAUGACAGGCACCUCACAGCUUUAUUCAGGAAUCAUUGCAUGAUAUUGAUAGGAUUCUGAAUUCCAGUCCAAAAAAUGCCUCUAUAUCUGUCUUCAAAAGCACAACCAAACAAAAAUCAGAAAAUCUCUCUCUCUUUCUCGCUCUCUGAAAAGCUCUGCAUGAAAAGCUGAAAAACUCAAUGGACUACACAAGGUGGCCUGAGAUUCACCCACAGCCACCAAACCCUAACCCACGUCCCACAGGCCCGUACCCUCCACCCUACUCUUCUUUCCAUUACCCAUGCGACCCUUCAAACCCUAACCCAAUUCACCUCACUGCUCCUCCUCCCUCCUCUCUGGAACGCCAUGACUUGUACCGGGGCCUUGGCCUGGGCCUCGACCGUGGGCUCAGGCGACUUGGGGUCGACUCCUAUACUUCCCUGAGAUCGUACCCAGAUGUCCAUUUGGGAAGUGAAGGCCAUGCCCGUGCUGGACCGUACGUUCGCGACCAUCGGACGGUGGAUACGGGCUCGUACGAGUAUUAUUCGGACCCGAUGUCGCCGAAUUGGAGCGUUAACUUUAAGGAGAAUAUCCGGCAGUACGGGGCGGACCCGGGUGGCUAUGGAGCUGCUGCGUCAAUACCGUCAUAUGGGACGGAACAGAUUGGUAUUGCAAAGCCAAACUUCACUUUCUGGGCUAACAGUGCAGGUCGGCCUCAUGGAAAUAGCACUUGGAAAAAUCAUAGUAAGAAAAUGAGAACCAAGUCGAAGAUCGUACAAUCUGCACAUUGCGAAGUUUGCAAAAUCAAUUGUGACACCAAGCGUGUACUGGACAAACAUAAGUUGGGAAAGAAGCACAAGAAGAACCUGGAGAAAUUAACCUCUGCCCAAAGUGCUGCAGAAUCAAAUAAUCCUGCAAUUGUGCCACAAGAACCGCCUGAUAUCGGUGAUACGGGCAAGGCUGUCGAUUGGCAAAAGACCUGGAAGAAGGCAGUUGAAACUGUAGAGGAAGAGGAUUUGGAAACAAAGAGACGGAAGGUUCUUAAAGGUGGGGCGGCAGCCGAGGCAGUAAGGACAUGUGCAAUGUGUAAUGUGGUGUGUAAUAGUGGGACGGUCUUUAAUUCUCAUCUUGCAGGACAAAAGCAUGCUGAUAUGAUGAAGAAACAUGCUGCUGGAACAGGAAUGGCUACUGCCAGCUAAAGAUAAAUUUUCGGAUUUUUUUUUUUUGGGCUAUAUUAGUUGUCUGUACAGUAUCCUUGUCUACCAUUUCUGGAACACUGUGUGACCAGCCAUGCUUCCUUUUCUGGGAAAAAGUAGUCAAGAUUUUGGUAUUAACAACCUCA